AUGUUCAACGUGUGGGUGGAAGAUAAGCGCAUGAUUCGUUCACAUCUCAACCAACUACGAACUCGUGCCAUCGGUGACAAGCCGUCAGCGAAGCCAGUUAAGAGCAAUGUUAAGCUGCCGUUGGACAUUUUGCUGAAGGCGUGGAAUCUGUCUAGAUCGCAUACCAGUGCAAGCGAUAUCACCACGUCAUCGCCACUACCUGUGCUUUCGUCAGUAACCGCCGAAUCACCGUCAACAGUGCUUGGAGUACCAUCCGAGCAGUCCACACCGUUGCAGCCUGUAGCGCCAUCCGAAGCACCCGCGCGGGUGUGGGUGUCUCCAAAAGCAGAUACGUCAUCAGCGUCUUCGUCUUCGUCAUCAUCCUCCAGUUCAAGCUCUGUACCGUCAUCGUCAUCAGAGUUCCUAUCAGCCAAUGAAACCCCUACAGCUGUCCGGGAACCUCGUCGCUCUUCUCGCUCUAGAAGACCGCCGAUUCGGUUUGAUCCCUAUCAGCUGUAUUGA